UGCCGUUGCUGUCACUCUCGCGGGGUCUAUGUGAUGACGUCACCGCUACUUUAGCCGUAAAGCGAGGCCUCGUGUGCGGCGGUGGCGGCGGAAUAGCGCUUCUUCUUUUGCAAUGCCACCUAAAAAGCCUCAGGCGCCGCAGCCUACGAAGAAGACGGACCAGAAGAAGAAGGAGAAGGUCAUCGAGGACAAAACAUUUGGUCUAAAGAACAAGAAAGGUGCCAAGCAGCAAAAAUUCAUCAAAAAUGUUACUCAUCAAGUGAAGUCUGGCCAGCAGAACCCUCGGCUGAUUGCACAAACUGAGGGUGACAAGAAAACGAAAAAAGAUGACAAAAAGAAAGAAAUUCAAGAAUUGAAUGAACUAUUUAAGCCGGUAGUAGUUGCACAAAAGGUCAGCAAAGGUGUUGAUCCAAAAUCUGUUGUCUGUGCAUUCUUCAAGCAAGGACAGUGCACAAAAGGCGACAAGUGCAAAUUCUCCCAUGACCUGUCUUUAGAAAGAAAAUGUGAGAAGAGAAGUGUUUAUUUUGAUGGAAGAGAUGACGAGCUUGAAAAAGAUACAAUGGAUAAUUGGGAUGAGAAGAAGUUGGAGGAGGUGAUCAAAAAGAAACAUGGUGGUGAAGCUGAAAUGAAAAAAACCAAGACUCAAAUCGUCUGCAAGUUCUUCCUUGAAGCUAUAGAAAACAACAAAUAUGGCUGGUUUUGGGUAUGUCCUGGUGGAGGUGACGUCUGCAUGUACCGCCAUGCAUUACCUCCUGGAUUUGUGCUGAAGAAAGACAAAAAGAAAGAAGAGAAGGACGAUGAAAUUUCAUUAGAAGAAUUGAUAGAGAAAGAGCGAGCAGCUCUUGGACCAAAUGUUACCAGGAUCACCUUAGAAUCUUUUCUUGCAUGGAAAAAACGAAAAAGGCAAGAACGAAUCGAAAAAGCCGAAGAAGAGAUGGAAAAAAGAAAAGCAGACUUCAAUGCUGGAAAAUCCUUCGGGAUAAGCGGUCGUGAAGUAUUUGAAUUCCGACCUGAGCUUGUAGACGAUGAUGAUGAAGAAGCAGAUGACACUCAGUACUCAAUAGAUGAAGAUGAAGACGAGACUGAUUCAUCAGAUGUUCAAGAUAUUGACCUGAGUCGGUUUGUUCUGAAAGAUGUUGAUGAAACCGGAAUAACAGUCGCCAGCAAUGAACGUUUCAGCACAUAUAUCAUCACAUCAACAGAAAGAGAGGAUGAUAUAAAGUUGAGUGAAGCGUCAGGAGGAGAAAUCCAAAAUGGUGAGCAUAGCAACUUUGAAGAAGAAAGUGAAGAGGAGGAAGAAGAUAAUUUGAUAGACGACGUGCCUGUUGAUGAAAACCUUUUUACUGGAGAAGAUUUGGAUGAACUUGAGGAACAGCUAAACACACUUGAGGAAUAAUUCUCCCCAUUCACAGUUCACAUCUCUAGUGAGCUAUUCAGACUGCCAAGCCCUUCAACAUUUUUAUUAUUUUAAACUACAACGUUUAAUUGUUCCCCUACUGCUUCUUCAGUGCACAUCAAGAAGAGAAAUAAAAACAAUAAAA